GAUAAGAUGUGAUCUUGAUUAAUUGAAAUUUUCAACUCAAAUCCAGUAAAUUCAGUGAGCAAGGCGCGUUAAAAAAUAAAAAAUGGACGAAACAACGAUCGACUCGAUCUUUUCAGGAUCUUUGAAAUCCUUACCGCCUGUCAGUUCAAAAAUCGUACGAAUAUUCACAAGUUCGACCUUUACUGACACAACAAUGGAAAGAAAUACUUUGAUGGCUCAAUGUUACCCCAAGCUCAAAGAUUACUGUAGAGAAAAACACGGUUUGGAGUUUCAGGUGGUGGACAUGAGAUGGGGCGUACGUGAUGAAGCCACCGAUGAUCACAUGACUACAGAGCUCUGCAUGAGAGAAAUAGAAAAUUGUCAGAGAUUGUCCAUGGGACCUAAUUUUGUUGUAUUUCUUGGACAAAAAUAUGGAUACCGUCCUAUUCCAACUUAUGUCCUUAGCUCGGAGCUGGAGAUGUUAAGGACAGAAUUGGAUAGUCAAGGCAUGGAAGUUGGUGUUUUGGAUAAGUGGUAUAAGAAAGAUAGUAACGCCGUGCCGCCUACAAGUAUAUUACAACCGAUCUCGUCCAUCCUUAAAAAUUUUAAUAACAAAAGAAUACCUAAGCUACAACAAGAAGAUCAAGCAAUCUGGUGGGACACUAUGUGCAAAAUGCAGAAAUUGUUUAGAAAAGGCGCGCAAUCCUUGUUUAAUUCCGGGAAAUUCGAUAAGGAUACGAUGCAUAAUUAUUUCAUGUCCGUGACCGAGAGAGAAGUAAUCAACGGCGUACUCAACGUUAAAAACACGAAAAACCAUUGUCUGGCGUAUGUGCGAUACAUAAAUAACAUCAAUCUUCAAAACUUGAGAAAGGCCAGUCUGUUUAUAGAUAUAGCUAAUAGAAGCUUGGACAAUGAAGCAUCCAAGUUAUUGGCUGAUCUCAGAGACGAGAGAUUACCGAAUAAGAUUGAGAGUACGAAUUUGCAGAGGUACACAGUGGAGUGGGUUGGAAGAGAAGGCUUGGAUCCUGAAGCACACGGCGAAUACCUUCAGCACUUCAUAACUCACUUCUACAGAAAUAUAGUGAAGCUCGUGGAUCGUGCCAUGCGAAAGGAAGACAGUUCCGCACAGGGGCAAAUAAUAACCGAGAUUUUGCAACAUCUUCAUGCUUGUAAUAAUUCCGUAAAGGUAUUUUAUGGACGCGAGGAUACUUUAGAAAGCAUAAAAAGUCACAUGCUGGGGGACAGUGAUAAGCCACUAGUGUUGUACGGAGAAGGCGGAUGCGGCAAGACUUCUCUAUUGGCGAAAAGUGCGGGUUUGACGAGUACCGUCUGGCUUACCGGUAGAAAACCGAUGAGCGUAAUUCGAUAUCUCGGCACUACUCCCGACAGUAGUGCGCUUACGCCCACAUUAAUCUCAAUCUGUCAACAAAUUUCCUACAACUAUGGACUGUCAUUUGAAGAAAUCCCUGACGACCUGGUGCCGCUCACGGCUUACUUUAAGUAUUUGUUGACAUUAGCUACCACCGAACAGCCCAUUUUGCUGUUUCUGGACAGCGUCGAUCAAUUGACAGCUGUGCAGGGUAAUAAGCUCUCGUGGUUGCCUACGAGGCUUCCACAAAACUGCAAGAUGGUUUUAUCGUGCGCGGCAGAGGAAUCAAAUCCAGUGAUUUCAAGAGAAUAUCACUUAUUGCGCAGAAUGAUAGAUACUGAAGAAAAUUUCAUCGAAGUAACUGCUUUGGGCGAAGAUCUGGCUAUGGACGUAAUAAAAAUGUGGAUGAAAACAGCUAGAAGGGAUCUAAAUAAUUACCAAUGGCGUCUAGUGGCGAAUGCUAUAUCGAAGUGUUCCCUGCCGAUCUUCGUGAAGCUCGUGUUUGCCGAGAUUUGUAGGUGGCGGAGCUACACAAAACCAGCGGACACACAUUUGGCUAGCACAGUGAUGGACAGCAUAAUGAUGCUUUUUGAGAGGAUCGAGAAGCAACACGGCAAGAUUCUGGUCUUCCACGCGCUUGCCUACAUCACAGCCGCCAAGUCGGGCUUAUCGGAGUCCGAGCUCGAGGAUCUGAUCUCCUUGGACGAUAAAGUCCUAGAUGACGUUUAUCAGUACCACUUGCCGCCGGUUAGACGCAUCCCACCGUUGCUCUGGACUAGAAUCAGAAAUGAUUUGCCUAAUUAUCUGAGCGAGAGAGAGGCAGACGGUGUAAGCGUUAUGAAUUGGUAUCACAGGCAAUUCCGAGACACGGCUAAAGAACGAUAUUUCAAAAACAUGAACAUGGCGUUGUACUUUCAUUCGAUGAUCGCAGACUAUUAUUUGGGAAUCUGGGGCGGUGGCAAACCGAAGCCUUUCAAGUACACCGAGAUACAGAGACAUCGAUUCAAUUUGACAGACAAGGAAGGCGUAGCGGAUAGAAAAGUGCCGGAGCAACCAUUGGCGUUUUAUUCAAAAGAAGGGACUAUCUCAAGAUACAACUUACGUAAAUUCGGCGAAUUGCCGUUUCAUCUGAUAAGAGCACGACGGUUUAAGGAUCUUUUCGAAAACGUUUUAUUCAACUACGAAUGGCUACACGCAAAGUUAAGCUCUUGCCCUUUGCAAGCUGUGCUUUCUGACUUUGAAGACGCGUGUAAUUUUAUCGAUAAUCAAAGUUUAGUGAGAGAACUCAUGUUAGUCGCUGAUGCUCUAAGAUUAGGUGGCGCAAUUCUGGGAAAUCAUCCGGACAUGCUUGCUCCCCAAUUGAUCGGUCGAUUGUUGCCGGAAAUCGGCGCAAAUGUUAACGUGAGAAUGCUGCUCCGAGCAUGCGAUCAAGACGGCGUCAAGAAUUGCGCUUUACUCCCUCUCUAUCAUUGUCUGCAUACACCUGGUGGACCAUUGAAAUAUUCGUUGGAAGGCCAUCAGUUUGCGGUGUUCGGAUUUUGCUUAACAUCGGAUUAUCGUUACGUGGUGUCGAUAUCCAAUAAAUUCAUCACCUGGGAUCUGAGUACCAGCGAUAUGACGAGAGACGUCAAUCCCGGCGUGGAAGGUAUAAUGCAACAAUUGGUCUUAAGCCCUGAUAACAGAUACGCUGCGGCUUUUACAACCAGCUAUAAGACUGUCGUUUUGAAUACUUUAACGGGCGAGUUUGUCAUCAUCGGCAAUCCUUUGCCAAACGAGGAUGCAGUUUACGGCGUGCACUUGAUGAAUCAAUACGCUUUUAUCUACGGGAAGCUAGGUUGGUGCAGGUUCGACCUGCGAGGAAACUUGCUGGACACUCACAGCAACCCUGAAGAUUCUAACAAAUGGCCGAUUCUUUACGUGGAGUAUACAAAUUUGGAUAACUACAGAAUAGUAUUCUGGUCGGGAAGCAUCGAUGAUUCGCGUAUGCUCUUGCAUACGUACAAGAAGAAAAUAACGCUGGAUCCAAUUCAGUUUCACAGUGCAAUGGUUAUGACGAAGGAUAAAGGUACUUUGUACGCGUGUACGAACAAGAACGAUUACAGAGUCGUGAAGUACACGAGUGACGAGACUUCGCCCUGUUGGGAAAAGAUUUCCGAUAUGCCACUGGCGUACAACGACGACGUCGAAUAUCUGUUACAGUUGAAGCUGGACAGGGAAGAAGAAAUGCUGUUGGCGACGACUGGAAACGGCUUUAUCGUGUGGUUCUUGGAGAACAAAAGCAACGCGCAUGUACUGAUGCUGCCGAACGGGGUGAGGAACAUUAGUACGCGAAUGACGUGCUCGAACUCUGUCAUGGUCAGCGGCACCAAGAAUUACGCUGUUGCUGGUGUAAGAAAAAAUCUAUACGUUUGGUCGCUCGAGAAUUCUGAAUUGGUAAAAAUACUGGACGCGCACUUUGCAAGAAUCAUUCAACUGGAGGCACUGACGAUCGGAAACUGGAACAGCGUUGUGACGUCGAGUAUCGACAGAAGUGUCAAAGUGUGGAAUAUCAACAAUAUUUUCGAGCAGGUUCACGUAAUCGACAGACAUGAAUUGCAGAUAGAUAUGAUAAGUUUAGCUGAGGAGGGUAACUUAGCCGUUACAGUCACCAGAGAUUGCGUAGGUGUUUGGGACUUGCUGACGGGCAAAUUAAUAGCCAAGCUAGCCGACAGUCCGUUAGGGGCGAUUGUCACACAUGCUUGCAUCACGCAGAAUAGCAAAUAUAUCGUAUCAAUAGAAUCUGGCAACGUUCUUGUGUGGAAUAGAAUAACGGAACAAGUUUUGUUCAAAGAGGAGCAACCAAAUGUUAAACAGUUAACACUGAUUGAGAACUCGACGAAGUUUAUGGCCGUUUCAAGGCCGAAUAACCCUGCGGGAGUGGAAAGUGUGCGAACAACAGCGACUCUUGUUAUGAGAACCAUUCCUGAUGGUAAAAUGAUAUUCUCUUUGGAAUAUCCUGUGAGAAGUAAUACUGGUACACCCUUCCGACAAGUUGUGAUAACAUCAGACGAUGCUUUUCUGGCGGUGCCAGCAGCAGAUAAAGGCAACAGAGAUUGCGUUAUAAUUUAUAGCGCGAAAACAGGAGCAUUGAUUAGUAAAAUACCAAUAAAAUUGCCUGGAUUUAAGGAUAUCAUAUGUAUCACUCCUAUGCCUAACAAAGCGCAAUGGGUAGGAAUCAUUGGUUCCGAUAAAGGCACAAUUCUUGACAUUAACAAGAAAAAGAUUAUACGUACGAUCCCAAAAUGGAGUGGAAACGUUAGCAAGGAUGGCAAAUAUACUCUAUAUGCUCCUAGCAGGGGUGGUCUUGAACUCAUAGAAUUAAAGAAAGGCACAACUGUGAAAACUUAUAUACCAAAAGUAGCUGAAGGAGUGUUUACUGUUAUAUCGAUGUUUAAUCGUACAGAUGAGUAUGUGCUUUAUUAUCACAGUGGUCGGAAAACUAUUAGAGUCUUCCGAUCUUCAGAUUGUGAAAAGAUAGCAAACUACAGAGUACAGGCUGAAUUAAGUGCUAUCGAUAGUACACAUGACGGCAGAAGUAUUGUUUUGGGAACUGUUGAUGGUUGUGUGUCUGUAUUGGCAAUAGCUGAUCCUAAAAAACCUGAGAUGACGGAAUAUCUUGCAAAUGUCCCGUCUCGUGAUGAAGAGUGGAAGAAGAAAACCGAGAAACAUCGGGCUGCGAUAAAAUUCAAAGCUGCUGCCCGGAUCGCCCGUGUAACUCAUGAUUUAUCAGCGAGCGUUAAAUCAACGAGCGAUAUUUCGGAAACAAUCGAGUAAACUUACGAAAAUAUGGAGUGAUCUACACAAUAGUCUCCAAUCGCUAUGCGAUGUACUCUGUAGUUUUAUUUAGCACUGAUUGUAAAAGCAAAAACUUUACAAGUUUGUCAUUAUUACGACAAAUCUCUUAUUUUAGCCGAUUAAUGAAUAAAAGAAAGGCGAACGUAGAAGAUAAACCACAGGU